CCUGGUGGGUUUGUGCUCACCUCCCUCCAUCUCUCCCUGCUCCUGGCCUCCCCCGGUUGCCCCCAUGCGGUUCUCUUGCCCAGUGUGGGUAAAGGCGAUUCCUGGCUGCAUUGGCACGAGGGGCGGUGGCGCUGAGGGACGUCUUGGUCUCAGUAGGGCCUGGAAUCUCCGCAGAAGCCAGCCGAGGGCAAGGAGGCGGCUAGAGUGGCAUAAAAAGAACAAUUCACAGAGAAAUGUUCGCUAUCUUCCUUCGGAGACAUUUCUGAAAUUAAAGGGGUGUGGGUGAAGGAAUCCAAAGCGAGGCAGAUUCCCCAGGAAGCUAGCCGAAGACCGCCCAGGUCUCUUGCCACCCGCGCCGCCCAAGGGAGCCUCAUCUGCAGGGAGAGAGUUUUGUGGUUUUAAUGCGGUAGGUUAAAGUCUGUUGGUCUGUGUGUGAUAGAUUCUGUUGCUUGUGUUUUAUUGAUAUAAAGGAUGUGUGGAUUUUGGUGGAGAAAAUUGUGUAUCUGAUAUGGAAGCAUUUCAAACUUUCCUGGAUUCAAAUGUGGUGGUUGUGAAGUGGUUUUAGUAUGCUGUUUCAGGCUUAUACACAAAAAUAAAUUCGGCAUGUGUUUUGGGGGUGGUGGUGGUGGCGGCGAGGAAUACAAAACCUAACUAGAGAAUCCUAUGGUGUGUGGUGAAAAAGCCUGAGUUCAGUGUUGAAUCCUGUCUCUCACGCCCAAUUUUGGUUCCCAGCUUCCUGAGGGUGGGGGAGGGGGAGAACUGCUGAAUAUGAGACAGAUUCUUAAAGUAGCUCUCAGGGUUCAGGCCCGAUGGUGAGGGCUAAGAAAUGGGGUGAAGGGUCUCUAGGGAAGCUAUAUGCUGAGAGAUAAGUCACUCUGUCUGGGCACGGACAGGAGGCAUUUUGAUUUAGUUUGGUUUGCAUGAACAGAGAUUGACUGCCUUUCUGUUUUUUUAAAAGCCUGUGCGGGUCGUUCAGCCUCGGGCUCCUGGUUGUCUAGGAUUUUAGGAUCGGGGCAAGUGUGUGGCUACAUUGGCUUCCUGAUCUAUUAGGAAGAGGAAACUCAGCCACUUGUGGCACAGAACUGGGGCUCCCUGGGGGGCCAGCUAAACAUCUCUAGACACGGGCCUGGACUGGGCUCGCUGAAAUACAUUGGCUUCUUAGCAAGAGGAAUUAAAUUGCUAGCAUCUAGGACGCUCGGACCGUAUUCGCGACAGGAAAAUCCUCCCAAACCCACUCAAAGUAAAGGUCUCUCCCCCCACCCCCUUAAUCUUAGUGGAUUAUAGAUCGUCCCUUAGACAAUUUCCUCUGACCCAAAUUAUGCAGUUUGCUGCCAUCUACCGUCCGUUCGGGGACAGGCGGCUUCGGCACAGCCAGCCUCUUGAUGCUCCCCGAGCCCUGUGGGUUUGCUUGGAGGCCUGGCGCGGUUCGGUUCGGUGGGAUUCUGGCCCAUGCUGAAGCUCUCUACUGCGUCUUAAUCUCCGGGUGUAGAUUCGAAAACGGAAUGAGUCUCUUGUCGCAUUAUCCUCAACCUUCUCUAGUCCUGCAGACCUCCACUCAUCCCAGCCACAAACCUGGAGGCUGGCAGAGGAAGAGGAGUAGUAAUACUGUAACCCACGGACAGGGGGUACUGAACCAAAGGGCUGAGGGUUCGGACCCACGACCCCCAUCACUACCUAAGACACAAGACACGAUUGGGCCUCUGAAGAGAUGUGAGGCCAAAUCUGUUCAAGGUUUAUUUAGUUUUCUUCUCAGCCAAAGGAGGGGGGCCGGCCAAGGGAGGUGCCGUCCAGGCAGUUCCACUCGGUUGUUAAAACACAAACCCAGUCUGUAUUCUUCCAUUUGGUUUGUGGGUCUUGCCAAUUCCUAAGCUGGUGAGUCUGUGCUGAAGGAGUUGGAAUGAGUUUUCUGGAAACUGUUGGUGAGUGUUGGUUCCCCCCCCCCCAGUCUCUAUCCUUUCAAGCGAAAUCGACGCCAAAAAAAAAAAAUUGCUUUGGUGGAAAAUCGGGAGUGAGGAGAAACCAUUAAAAAACCAAAACCUUUGUAAUUUCCGUUCCCGUGGGACCCCUCACACCCGGUUAACGGAACCGCUUUCCCAGAAGGGGGUGGCUAGGGCUGGGUGCGCGCCUUCACCUCGGCGUUGGAGUCUUGGCCCCUGUCUCACCGGUUACUGAUUAGCUCGGGCUUUCAAGCUUCAAGAGGAAGCUCUGGCUAUCCCUUUCAAGGUGCGGUGGCUCUGGUUCCUGGGAGGGGACUCCAGGAAAUUGCCUGCGGUGUCAGGCUGGCCUAGGUGUUACUAAGGUCUGGCUGGGAACUGGGGCUGUGUAGCGUUGGGGGCACACACACACCCCUUCCCUCCGAGGCCCGGCGCCAUAGACUCUAGAGUCUGAGCCUCUCUCUGGAGCAGAUCUUUAAGCUUUUUUCUUCCGCUUCGAGAGAGUGACUUUCUGGCCGGCUGGAAGGCCGGCUUAGUGAGUCUCUCUGCGGGAGGCCCCGAGGGAUCUGGCAGGAAGGUCUGGGGCCCUCCUGAAUUUUUUUCUUUUGGAGCAAUCAGAAGGAAACAUAGGGAGGGGAAGUCAAGCUACCACAGAGGCUUGAAACACUUCGGGGCUCUUAGGGUAAGGGUGAAUCGAGAAGUGGCGAGAAGCCUCGCCCACUCCUCCUAGAAGAUCAGAGAGGAUGCCGCUCAUUUGCAUAAUGGAAAUGAGGUCUUUGUACCUCGAUUUGGACCAGUCGAUUUUAGGGCAGAGUGUCCACGUAAAGAGCCUCUUUCCAGUCUGUGGGAGCCACCACACUAUACCACUGGGGAACAUUUCAGACAACCAGAAUCCAGGGGGAGAAUUGGGUUUGAGAGAUUUUCAUCCUCCCCACCCCAGGUAAAGUUGGGGGUGGGUUAGGAGGUACCUAUUAUCCAAGGAGCUGGGUGGGAGUGGGGGUGGGGGUGGAGAGGGCUUUGUAUCUUAUAGGAAAUAAGAAGCCUGGCUAUUGUCUCACCUCCUCCUCAUACAGGCAAAAGCCAUUCCUAAGCUCACCUUCUGGAGAUUUUCACUCCUGAGCUGAACAUGACUUAGGCAACAUUUCUCUGGGAGCUGGAAUGUGCGUGCUUACCCACGGGACUGCAAACUCAAAGCAGAGAAAAGCACAAUUAUAAAUCCUGCCUGUGGGGUAUCAGGGCAAUCCCUGUGCUGUGUCCCUGAGACUUGGUAUAUAUUUACAUCCCUCCCUUAGUGCGUUAAGGGGGCAACAACCCUGAUGGAGAACUGGCUGAUGCCUGCUGUGUAUUUACAUAUUUCCCGUUGGAGGCAGACAAACUGAGGUGGAUGGAACCACAGACAAAUCAGUAGAGAUCUGGCUCCAGAAACCAGGCGGUCUCUGGCCCAGCUCUGCCUGUCUGCUCUUUUUCCCAAACAAACGGAUCAGAUGAAUAAACGCUCAUAAAUACCUCUGGGCUUAGAUAAGAGCGAUGAGGCGCUAUUUCCUUUCAUGCCCGACUCCAGGCGCCCUGGCCCUGCCCAUAGUGGCUCCAUCUCCAGACAGGCAACCUGCAGAGGUGAGGUUAAUUUGGGGCUGCUACUCUAAAGGAUAAAGCAAUUAUUUUCCUGCUUCUAUCACAGGAGAAGGCCUCCUCUCUCACCUUCUCUUACCUUUUUAAAAUUUUUAAACAUGGGCAAUUAUACCAUCUUUCCUGUGAUGAGGACAUUGUGACUAGGGAGAAGGGCUAAGGCCCAAGGCCCAGCCUCUGUGGCAUGGGGGUGGGGGAUGUAAAUAUUCUUUGGCAUCCUAAUCCCUUGCUGAAACAGCUCCUACUCCUCUCUCAUUAUGGACCCAGCCAUUUCUAUAUUGGUACAUUUCAGCUUUCUUCAUCAUUAGUAGGUCUGAGAUUCUUUACCUCCCCCCAUGGAUUAAGGCUAAGAGAGACAGACAUCCAGGGAUGGUCUUUGUGGCACAAAGGGACAGCCUAGCAGUUGCUUUGAGUUCAAAGAGCUCCAGAGGCCACUUUGCAGCCAAAUAAAUCCUCAUUCUUGACCAUCCAUCCUCAGCCCUAUCCUGUUAUCAAUAGGCAGGGAUGGGCCACAAAAAGGAGCCCAAAGAACAAGGCAGAGGUGGUUCAGCCUGGCCUGACUCUAACAGCAUCUUUUACCCACUCAGUCCUCCCUACAUUCGGGUUGGAUGGGAGGUUGUUAUUCUUAACUGUCUGGCCUGUGUGUGCAUAUUAGAAUGUCAGAAACACAGUGCAUCCACCAGCUGGAGAAAGGAAGAGAGCAAGAGAGCUUAGGUGUAGUCUUCUACUUCCAAGUUCUCACAGCAGCAAAGCAGGUGAUACAAACACGAGGCAUGAGAGGGGGACUGGAGAGUGGCUGACAGACAGACAGGAGGCUUGUGGGAAUCCAGGGAGCUAGAGCAGGUAUGCCAGUCAAGGAUUGAAAGAUGGUUAAGAUGGUUACUGAGUCCCCAGGAGGACCUAGCAGCCUUCCUUCCUUACAAAACUAAAUCUAAACCAAGUCUUAGGGAUGGGGUUUCAAAAGGAAUUGACAAUUUAUAGAGCGAACAGGAAAGAAAAGAAAGUUCUUUUCAAUGGGCUCUCAUCUGCAAUAUGAAGAUCUGAAGAAUCACUUUUUAUUUUUAUUUUUUUUCCAAAAUAAGGUUUCUCUGAGUAACCCUGGCUGCCCUGGAACUCAAUUUGUAGACUAGGCUGGCCUCGAACUCGGAAAUCCUCCUCUCUCUGCCUCCCAAGUGGUGGGGUUAAAGGCAUGUGUGCCUUGACUGCUCAUAUUUCUAAGAGGACAAUUUCGUCUCUGUAUCUAGAUUUACUGGGACAUCUUUAUUCUAAAGAUCUGUAGCCAGGGGUUAUUCUUACAUCAUUUUGGAGUGAGAGGAGAGUAUGAAUUGAGUGGAGACAGAGUGAGAGUUGUAGGCAGAAUAGAGAUGCAGACAAAGUCGCAUAGGCCGGGGUUCUAUCUUACCCCUUCACGCUACAUCACCAAAUUUAGGGAUUGUUAGUUUCUUUCUCCGGGCCCCAUUCCCAGUCAAGACUGCAAUCAGGCUGAGCUGAGCUGUCUUGGGCUUAAGGACCGGCUUGCCAGAAGCUACUAGCCUAGUGGAGCAGCCAGAGAGAGAAGCUUGGGCUCACAUACCCCUGGCGUUUCUUUCUUCUGGGUCCUCUAGGCAAAGGGAUCUGGCUUGCCCCCUCUAACCUUGGUUGUUGUGUAGAGGCAGGGAUGUGAUUAACCUAAGCUUGAAAAGGGGAAAGACAGACCUGAUAAAGAGGACAAACGAUUUUCCAAACCUGUGAAGGAGGAUGUUUCUUCUUUCCCUGUUUCUAAAAUGAAGGAAAUUAGCGGACAACUCCGUUUCCCCUUUACCAGUACAAAACCCCUAGAAACAGAUCUUGCCCCUUCAUUUUCUCUCAACGAGAUUCGUGGGCAUUUACCCAGCCCUCCCUUAAGGGAACGGGCCCAUGCAAUGCAGGGGUUAACUUUUCUGAAAACACAAUUAACUUUUCCCUAUUCCUGCGUGGGGUAGGGGGAGGGGUGUAUUUAUUUCAUCACUGGGGAAUGGGGUGAUCUCCAUCCAAAUGUUUCCUCCUCCCUCAAAAGCACAGACGCCUGUUUCGCAGAUCCUACGUAGGUGGAGCAGAGAGAGAGAGAGAGAGAGAGAGAGAGAGAGAGAGAGAGAGAGAGAGAGAGAGAGAGAGGGGGGGGAGAAAGGUUGAUAGGUUUGUGCGCGGGUCCCUCGUGCAGGCUGCGCUCCUCCUGGGUGCUAUUUGACAAUUCCUGCCUCUGCCAUUGGUCAGUGUUGGAUCAGAUGGUUGUAUUUCCUUCUGGCCCUCACUGGCACCUCGCCAUCCCCCCUCAGCUAAAACCCAAUCUCGGCUAUACUACUAAUAGGCGCUGCGCUCGGACUAUAAAACACAACAAAUCAUAAACCCGGUGGAGCAGCAGCGGCCGCGCGCGCCUCCCCUCCCGAUGAGUUCCUAUUUCGUGAACUCCACCUUCCCCGUCACUCUGGCCAGCGGGCAGGAGUCCUUCCUGGGCCAGCUGCCGCUCUACUCGUCGGGCUAUGCAGACCCGCUGCGGCACUACCCCGCGCCGUACGGGCCGGGACCGGGCCAGGACAAGGGCUUUGCGGCGUCCUCCUAUUACCCACCAGCCGGCGGCGGCUAUGGCCGGGCGGCGCCCUGCGACUACGGGCCAGCGCCUGCCUUCUACCGGGAGAAGGACGCGGCCUGUGCCCUCUCCGGCGCCGACGAGCCUCCCGCGUUCCAUCCCGAGCCACGGAAGUCCGACUGCGCACAGGACAAGAGCGUGUUCGGAGAAACCGAGGAGCAAAAGUGCUCCACGCCGGUCUACCCGUGGAUGCAACGCAUGAAUUCGUGCAACAGUUCCUCUUUUGGGCCCAGCGGUAGGCGAGGCCGCCAGACAUACACUCGCUACCAGACCCUGGAACUGGAGAAGGAGUUUCACUACAAUCGCUACCUGACCCGGCGGCGGCGCAUCGAGAUCGCGCACGCCCUGUGCCUGACCGAGCGGCAGAUCAAGAUCUGGUUUCAGAACCGGCGCAUGAAGUGGAAAAAGGAGAGCAAGCUGCUCAGUGCGUCUCAGCUCAGUGCGGAGGAGGAGGAAGAAAAACCAGCCGAGUGAAGGUGCUGCAAAGGGAGGGGGGACACGAAGGGAGAGGCCUGUGGGGGAACCGAGGGCACCCGAAAGCCCCAGAAGGCUCUGCGGUCUGGGGAGUCUGGGGACUUGAUCUCCAGCGCAAGACGGGCGGGGCCCAGCGCUCUCUGGGACGUCCCCGCCCGCAGAGCUCUUCCUGGGCGCUUGAAGGCUGCCUACCCAGCACCCCAGCGCCUCCUCCCUCCCCGAAGAACCCACCUUGGCCUGAUCAGGCUCCCUGGUGAGAACUGAGAAUCGGACUCACUUGAUGUCUCCUGGAAGCAGAGCAGAAUGCUCUUGUCCUUGUCGAGUCUCAUUUCGUCCAUGUCCCCCGUGCACGGUUCAAUGGUAGAUUCGCUGUCCCUCAGCAGGGACUUGAAAGACUCCCUUACCCCAGACUUGUCUCUCCUACCCCCUCCCCAAAGCCACUGGAAGGAGCACAUACUACCUAGAAGUAAGAAGAGGAGCCUCAGAAGAAAACAAAGUUCUAUUUUAUUAAUUUUCUAUGUGUUGUGUUUGUAGUCUUGUCUUAGCUAUGGACGUGAAAUACUUCGGUAAUAAUAUUAAUAUUAUUAAUAAUGAUUAUGAUGAUGAUAAUAAUAAUAAUAAAGAUGUGAAAACUCGCAGCUCAAUCACA